GCCCCUACUCAGCUGCUUCAGUAGAAGCUGGGGCCCCACCGAGGUAGCAGCCGCCGCCGGACCUCCAGUCCCCGACACACCCACCUUCCGCCUCGGCGCUGCAGUCCCCCAGCUGCCAGGCAAUAUGAAGCCUAAACUGAUGUACCAGGAGCUGAAGGUCCCUGUGGAGGAGCCUGCAGGAGAACUGCCCAUGAAUGAAAUCGAGGCAUGGAAGGCAGCAGAGAAGAAAGCCCGCUGGGUCCUGCUGGUCCUUAUCCUGGCGGUGGUGGGCUUUGGUGCCCUGAUGACUCAGCUGUUUCUAUGGGAAUAUGGGGACUUGCAUCUAUUUGGACCCAACCAGCGCCCAGCCCCCUGCUAUGACCCCUGCGAAGCCGUGCUGGUGGAGAGCAUUCCUGAGGGUCUGGAGUUCCCCAACGCCACCACGAGCAAUCCCUCCACUAGCCAGGCCUGGUUGGGCCUCCUUGCCGGUGCUCAUAGCAGUCUGGACAUCGCAUCCUUCUACUGGACCCUCACCAACAAUGACACCCACACUCAAGAGCCCUCUGCCCAGCAGGGUGAAGAGGUUCUCCAGCAGCUCCAGGCUCUGGCACCUCGAGGUGUGAAGGUUCGCAUCGCUGUGAGCAAACCCAACGGACCUCUGGCUGACCUGCAGUCCCUGCUCCAGAGUGGUGCCCAAGUCCGCAUGGUGGACAUGCAGAAGCUGACCCAUGGUGUCCUGCACACCAAGUUCUGGGUGGUGGAUCAGACCCACUUUUACCUGGGCAGUGCUAACAUGGACUGGCGCUCUCUAACCCAGGUCAAGGAACUGGGCGUGGUUGUGUACAACUGCAGCUGCCUCGCUCGAGAUCUGACCAAGAUUUUUGAGGCCUACUGGUUUCUAGGGCAGCCCGGUAGCUCCAUCCCUUCUACCUGGCCACGGCCCUUUGACACCCGCUACAAUCAAGAGACACCAAUGGAGAUCUGCCUCAAUGGCACCCCAGCUCUGGCCUACCUGGCGAGUGCACCCCCACCGCUGUGUCCGAGUGGCCGCACCCCAGACCUGAAGGCUCUGCUCAACGUGGUGGACAAUGCCCGGAGCUUCAUCUACAUUGCAGUCAUGAACUACCUGCCCACCAUGGAAUUCUCCCAUCCACGCAGGUUCUGGCCGGCCAUUGAUGACGGGCUGCGACGGGCUGCCUAUGAGAGAGGCGUCAAAGUGCGCUUGCUCAUCAGCUGCUGGGGGCACUCUGAGCCAUCUAUGCGGUCCUUCCUGCUCUCCCUGGCUGCUCUUCGUGACAACCACACUCACUCUGACAUCCAGGUGAAACUGUUUGUUGUCCCUGCGGAUGAAGCCCAGGCUCGAAUCCCCUACGCCCGUGUCAACCACAACAAGUACAUGGUGACUGAACGUGCGACGUACAUUGGGACCUCCAACUGGUCUGGGAGCUACUUCACAGAGACAGCAGGCACCUCCCUGCUGGUGACACAGAAUGGGCAUGGUGGCUUGCGCAGCCAGCUGGAGGCUGUUUUCCUGAGAGACUGGGAAUCCCCAUACAGCCAUGAUCUUGACACCUCAGCUAACAGCGUGGGCAAUGCCUGUCGCCUGCUUUGAGGCCUGGCCCAAAGGAUAGGCCAAAGGCUUCCAGGACCUCUUGGACUCAACCUUGGGUCCCGGCUUUUGUCCCCAAGCCCUUGCUUCUGUCUGUCCCAUCGCGGCUGCACAGUCUCCCCCACUGCGUUCCCAUCACUACCGCCACCUCCGCUGGCCUGACACUCUGGCCCCUAUGGACCUAGCAGAGCUAAGGGAGAUUCAGACCCCAAAGUAGUGGGGGUGCAUGCUAGGCCUGGACCUUUGGCCUACCCCCGCAAAGGGGCCAAGAUUAUACUAACUAAAUGAUUGUCUGUACGGCCUGUGCUUAACUGAGUGGCGUGAGACGGGGUGUUGGUUAGGGGACAGGUGGCAUGGGUUUCUGAUGGGGCCAUCUCAGCAUGCAAUGCACACAGAGCUGGCGUGGGCUGGGCAUGUGGUGUGUGUCCACAACAGCAGGCAUGGGCUGAGCAUGAGUAUAACCAGCAUGUGUUGUACUGAGCAUGCUCCAGAGCUACUGCUAAAUCCCAGGGUGUAUUGGGGGGGGGGAUGACAGACAGACCAGCAGAUCUGAACACCAGAGCAUGUGGCAGCUCUGAAUUUAUUUCCGUCAGUGUGCUUACACGUAGCAUGUCCUGAGCGUGAGUAAGCGAGCAUGCCAAGCCCAUCACAAACACAGAGGACCAGUCAGUGGUACAUGCAAACUCAGAUGGACAUGUGUCCAACAGAGAGCAUUCUGAGGGUAGGCUCCCAAGGGGCCAAGCCCUUGCUCGUUUUAUUUUAUUUUGUUUUGUUUUGUUUUUGAGACAAGGUCUCACUUUAAGCCCAGACUGGUCUUGACAUUGUGAUUCUCUUCCUGCCUCAGUCUCCUGAGUGCUUGGAAUUACAAACCUACUCCACCAUG